GAUUGAUGGCAGUUCGUCCCAGCAGAAGGCUGUUAUGAACGUUUAGGCUGAAAAUAUGGGAGGCAAGCUGGGCAGACUAAGCUGUGUAAAGGCGAAUGACAGUAAUAUUCGGCAGCCUAAUAAGAAAAAUAAGCCGAAAAGAUCGAAAUCUCGUGCUUCCAAAACGACCAUACCUGACCAACAGACAAACGACCUGAUUUUUGUUGAUAAAAGUACUGUGGUUGCCCCGGAAGCUUCAACAAACCAGCAGCACGACACAAGUGUCAAAGGUAUCAUAGUAGAAGAUGGUCAACGGUCGCAACAUUCAGAAGUUGUCUUGAUGCCAACAAGAGAACUACAAGCAAUUCAACGCCUAGAGCCCAUAACAGAAUGUGAAGAGAAUUCCACAGAGCCGAAAAUGGACACUUUAACCGUUCCAAUAAACAAAUUAACGGCUCAAUUGAUUCAAGACACCAGCAAGAAAAUCGGUAACAGCAUCGAGUUAUUGCAUUGUCCUGACAUGUCGACAAUAUCAGCAUUUACGGAAAGAAGUCAUUUCAACACAAGAAGAGGAGUUGCAGCAGGAGCACCCGCGACAAAGCUUCUGACUCCCAACAUAACGGGUGAUGAAUUCACGGCAGUAACCCCUCUCGGAGUUGGAGACGUUUCCACUAUGGAAAUGACAACAAGUACAUUGACAGUUCCUCCUAAUUCCGUAAACAGUCAAUUCAUAUCAGGUAUCACCCCGAUGGAUAGCAUCCAAGAUGUUGAAUACCCCGAUGCUACGGCCGACUCAGUCUUUGAACGCGAUCUAUCCUACAUGCCACAACAUUGCCUUGAUCAAAUAUAUUAUACAAACUAUGGGACGGGACGCGUUUACCUGAAUAACAAUAGCAUGGUAACCAGUCCAGAAUAUGUUAAUGUGAAAUCAGACCCACCGCAACAAGUUUCUAAAGUUGGAAAUUCAGUUGAAAUUAGCGAUGGCCCUGGCCUCGACAGUGACUUUGGAGCAAGUGCCGGAAUCGAAAUGCGAAUAGUGUCGUCCGAUUUUUCUGGAGCAAAUACAACUUCUGCUAUGACUCAUCGUGACUUAGCUAACUCGCGUGAUCAGCAAAAAAAGAAAUCAAGGAACGAUCCAGCGGGAGCAAGAACAUUGCCAGCAAUUCAAGCACUGCCACCAAUGAAUACUAGUGAUCGUUUAUCAUAUGGUUUAAUUCUACGGGAACCCAUUGGUAAUCGACGUCCUGCUACUGUUGGGGGACCGGAGGGAAUUUUUCAUGUUACCAUGGAGUGGGAUCCGUAUGAUACAGAUUAUGGAAUGGCGCACUGGAGAGAGUAUUUCAUUCCUGGAGUGUCUUAUCCCCCACAGCCUUUGCUCUGUCAGGAGCAACACUGGCUUUGAUAACUUUCGAAGAGAUUUUUGUAUUUUGACAAAAUAUUUUCGCAUUGUCAUACUUUGUGAAAUAUAUUUUUUCAAGCGUUGCAAAUAGGAAUGAAAA